AUGUACCUUCCGUAUUCGAGGACAUUCGACGGCAUUUUUCUAAUCUUUAUUCCACAUAUUGUCUUGUCUUUUGUCAACAUGCCCGCAACGACGCGGAAAAGAAAAGCUUCAGAAGAGGAAGAUGCAACACCUGAGGUUGUGCCGGCAGCGGUGAAGACUUCGCGAGCAUCUCAACAGCCAUCGAAAGCCAGAAAAUCUGCGAAGAAAGGACGAUCAGGGACUAUUGAGAACUUGAAUUCCGCAAGAACCCCCAAAAGCAUCAAGCCAACAGCUUCUAGCGUGUCGACUGCAAAGAGAGACAUUCGGAAAAAAGCAGACGAGCUAAUUCAUUUGAUAGAGAUUCAAAGUACUAACGAGGUGUUGGUCUGUAGAGCUGAAGACAGGCUUGGUAAUCUUGGGUCCGGCAUUACUGCAACUGAAUCGAAGACGACACCUCUCCGGAAAACAAUGAUCGGCUUGGAGCAUGAGCAGACCAGCAGAAACCCCAAUACUAUAUAUCAGAAAUCGUGCGAGCAUCUACAAAACAUGCAGGAGACUAUAGAUGAGUAUAAACGGCUGAAUCAUGCCACGGCCAAUCUAAAAAAGCCUCUCGAGAUCAAACAGUGGGAGCAAGACUCUGAAGACAUAGCAAAAGUCGACAAACGAGCUAUGGAGAUAACGAUAAAUACAUUGAAUGGUAUAGUACUUGGGGAGAAGACGGCAGAUUAUCCUCGUUCGGCAGCACAAUUGGAUGACGAAGUUGAGCAAGCUGCCAGGAGAUGGCUGCGGACUGGGGUCUCGACUAGGGAAGAUACCUGGGGCGAUGUCGUACGGGAGGCUCUCAAGGCGUUAUCUGGAAUUACUAAGAUCUUGUCGUGA